AUGGCUACUACCGAUGAUUUUUCUGGUUUUGCCUCUACUGAUAUUAACAAGCCAUUUUGUUUUGAGGGUUUGCACUUUAAGCAUUGGAAACAAAAGAUGCUCUUUUAUCUGACCAUGAAGAAGGUUGCAUUUGUCCUCACUGCUCUGAAGUCGAUUGUCUCUGAACCUUCGACCGACAACGACAAAGAGACUGAACGCGAGAAGCAACAUAAGGAAUUGGACUCUUGGGUUGAAAACGAAUUCCUCUGUAAGAAUUUUAUUCUUAAUGCUUUAUCUGAUGAUCUCUAUGAUUAUUAUAAUUCAGACAAGUCAACAAAGGAAAUUUGGGAGGCACUGCAAAAUAAAUAUGACAUAGAAGAGGCGAGGACUAAAAAAUACGCUAUCAGUCGCUACUUGAAGUAUCAGAUGGUGGACGAUAAAUUAGUGGAAGCCCAAUCUCACGAAAUUCAGAAAAUCGCGCAUGAGAUUAUCUCAGAAGGUAUGAUUCUUGAUGAACAGUUUCAAGUUGCUGUUUUAAUUGAAAAAUUACCUCCUUCCUGGAAGGAUUUUAAAAAUGUUUUCAGGCAUAAGACUAAGGAAUUUUCCUUAGAGAUUUUGAUCACCCGGCUUCGUAUCGAGGAGGAAGCAAGGAAACAAGACCAGAAAGAAGAGGUGCUUGUUGUCUCUAACAACAACCCCAAGAAGUCCACACAUGCAGUUCUGAAGCCUAAUGGAAAAAAUUUUAAGAAUCAGAACCGUAACUCGAAUUCAAAUUCCAACCGCAACAACCAGAACACUCCUCGAAACAACAAUCAGAGUCGGUACCAUAACAGGAACCAACCUGGAAGGUAG